AGAUGACGUAAUGCUGUCGUCGUCGUUUGUCGAACACGCAGCUCUCGGCUUUGCCUUUGCCGUACUUUCAUUAUUCGUUCUAGCCUUUGCUAUUAUUGCUGUUGUACUUGUUACUAUCACCAAUAAUUGCUGGUGGAAUUGUGACACUGAAGGAGAUCCAUUGAUGGAAGACUACAAUUCGUUGUUUCCACAAGAUGAAGACGAUUGUGAGGCGGGUCCAGCACCGAAUGAGCCGAUAGAUACAGUUAUCGGCUGUACGCCAAAAGAUGCGGAAAUCGUCUGAUCGACACUACUUUUUUCCAAAUAUGAUUCAUUUAUUGAUUUUAUCGAUUUGCAUUGUGAUCCUGGGUGGCCAGAGCA